AGAUUCGAAGCAUAUGGUUGCAAGACUGAAGACACUUAGUUACAAUCACUUAGUUAAACUUCAGCCAUCGUUGUGAAGGAUAAUGUGACAUUUUCUCAUAAUUAAACACAUCAGUAAAAGAAGAUGCCUGAUACUGACAUAGAAUUUAUGGUCCUUUGGGACCACUUCUGUGGAGCUAAUGUCUUCAGCACACAGGGCGGCCAGUGGCUGGACGCGCUGCUCUGUUACCUGCUGUGCCGCGAGCAGCAGGGCCACCAGCCUGUCUCCGUCGUACCCGCCAGGUGCGUGUCUCGCCUCGUGCAGGGCCUCAUCUACCAGUUCCAGCGGGACGUGCACGAGGCGUGUAGCGUGCAGCUGGCCGGCGGCGGGGCGCUCGGCGAGAGGCCAGAGUCCGAGCUGGGGGCCGUGCUGCGCUACAUGGUGGCCGGCAGGGGAUGGAUGAUUCUACACGUCAUCAACGCACUACCCUCCGCGAGCAUUCGCAUAUCUCCGGAGACGGUGGAGCUGAUCUGCUCACUGCUGGCACCGAUGGCCAACCACGCGCUGCUGAUGCAGGAUACCGCCUCCAGCAAGGAGAAACAACAAAACAGGGAUAAAGAUGGAGAGGACUCUCGAGACGCGGAGAAAUCGGACGACACGAAAGAUUCCUCCAAAGACUGUCCGGCGGCUCGGGAGGCUCAGAAGUGCGAGUCGCCUACUGGGUCUGCGAACCUUCCAACUGAGUCCGACGUUCGCCCCAAGACGCCUCAGAAGGGUUUACCGAAGAAGUCGGUCAGAUCACAGGAGUGUCGGGGAGCGGAGAGCCCGUCUCGGCCCGAGUCUCGGCAGUCCUCUGCUGACGCGCAGUCGGAGGGGGAGCUGCCGGACGCCCCUGCGGACGGCCUGUACCCGGUACCGAUCAGUUGGGAGACGGCAGCGGUACACGGCACGCCCCUCUGUCCCCACACUGAGCGGCUGCUGGCCGCGCGGAGAAGCCAGUCAGCAGAGGGGUCGCGGCCACCCUCCCCGGCCGGCAGCAGCGACGAGUCUGACGCGGAGGGCGCCGCUGCGCUGGAGCGGCUGCACGCCCGGCCGGCGCUGGUGGUGUCACGCCGUCCAGAGGCCGACUGCUGGGACUACCUGUCGGUGGCCGGCGCCGCCAGCAGCGACGAGCGGCCGCCCUGGGUGGCUCAGCCGCGCGCCGAGCGGCCGGCAGACUGGACGGCACGGUACCGGCCCCUGCUGGUGCGCCGCCACCUACCGCCCGACGCCGUCAUCCGCCUCGGCCUGUCGCUGCUGACGCGCUGCUGUAUGAGGGCGGCCCCCGGCCAGGCCGACCCGCGCUGCGCCGUCUGCCUGCGCACCGCCCUCAAACUGGUGGACACUAAGAGGGCGAGAAGUGUGGUGCCGGAACACGCGCUGCUGCUAGCGGUGGCCACCGCUGGACCUGCACUAGUGACGCGUCCUGAUAUGAUACUGCCCCACAUAGAGACAUUCGCGGCGGCUGAGAGGGCCGGUGGAGACGGCUCCCUCUCCGGGCGGGCACUGCUCGUGGUGGUAAGGUGUCUGACUCUGCUAGCGUAUCAGAGCGUGCGAAACCCCCAGGAGGCGCCCGGUGUGUGGCCGGAGACUCUGGCGCUCUGGGGUAAGCUACAGGUGACGGAGGCUCUGCAGCGGUAUUUUAGUGAACCCGGCGCUGAGCCAGAGCUGUGCCGCGCCCUGGCCUCGGCCAUCGCGUCAGCUGUGAUUGCGCUGAAGGAGCUGCGGGCUCCACCGCCGGUGGCUGGUGGCCGGCGCCGCGCGCCCGACGGCUGCGGAGGCGGCCCGCUCAGUGCGCACCACUGCCCGAAGCAGCCGGCCGGGCUGUCCGGCUGUCCGGCGGCGUUCCUGUCCGAGCAGCUGCUGCGGCUGGCCGCUGCGCCGCCGGACCGCGCGCUGCGGGCGCAGCUGAUCCAGACUGCCGAGCAGAGCGGGGUGUGCUGCUGCCUGCCGCCGGCGGCCGCGCUGCCGGCGCUGGCCGCUGCCGUGGAGUCUGCUGGCUCGGCGGCCGGCUGCCGCCUCACACUGCGGCUGAUGGAGGGGACUCUGGCGCAGCUGGGCGGGGCGGCCAGCUCUGUGGACUGCCGAGUGUGUGACCCGGACCGGGGACCGGCCGACGGCGGCCGCUGGCUGCCCGCCGGGACCGUGUACGCGCGCCUGCUGACCGCCGUGCACGCGUCCCCCGGGCGCCGCCGGCUGCUCGGCCAGCACCUGCUGCGUGUGCUGACCACGGCUCACCCGCGGCUGCGGCUGGUGCUGCUGCGCGACCUGCUGCUGCCGCUGCUGCCGCCGGCGGACGACGGAUGCGCUGCCGGAGACAUUUCACAACACCAGGAGUACCUGAUAACUCUGAGCGUGUCGGCGUGUCGACUGGUGCUGGAGGACACCUCUGCCGCGGACGAUGACCCGGCGGUGGCCGUGGUACGCCGGCGUCUUCACCCUGCUCAGCUCACCGGUCUGCUGCACCGACCGCGGCUCCGGCGGCGAGCCCUCACACUGCUGGCGCUCCUGGCGGCCGCCGAGACAGGCAGUGGUUCACAGACACCGCCGCCAGGUGACAGCACCGCCGCGCUGAUGGACACCCUGCUGGCUCACACGGGGAGUCUCUCGCGUGCCCUGCUAGUUGGAGACGCACACCCUACAGACUCGAGUCCGGCGAUCAGCGGAGCUCUCCCGCCGUCCCUGGAGGCUGAUCUGCCCCAGCUGACGGACAUGUGGCAGGCGUUCGUCACGGCCAUCUCCCAGUGGAAGCUGUUGGGGGAGGCGGUGCUGUCCCGCUACCCGGACCUGGGCCGCGACCUGGCCUCGGCUCUGGACCGGCUGCUGCGCUUCCUGGGGUCUCUGGAGCGGGACGCAGGAGAUGGUGAAACAGCGCUGGACCUGUGUGCGGCCGAGUCGUGCUGCCGGCUGCUGGCCGUGCUACUGGAGGCCGCCCUGCUGGUCGCCCAGCUGACCCAGCAGCAGGCGCAGCUGGAGCGCCGGCUGGCGGCCGCGCUGGCCGCGCUCCGACCCCGCUCCGGGGCUCUGCUCAGUCGGCUGGCCGACCUGCUCAUGGACCGCUGCCAGCCGCCGCCCAGCGGCUCACAGCAGUCGGAGUUUUGCUCGGACGCCGGUUCGGUGCCCUCCUCUGACGGGGAGUCGACACAGAGCCCGCCCGGAUCGACGGACGGCUACGACGCCGACUUUGAGAUCACCGAGGGACCGGCGCCGCACCAGAGCUGCGCGCACCGUCGACUGCUGCACGUAUGGCUUCUGCCGCUGCUGGCCGACCUACUGGUGCGCAGUUUCUCCCUCAGCUGCCGCUCUAACCUGCUGCGCUGUCGAGAGGAGGACUGGCAGAGCCACCUGCGCCGCUGGCGUGCUGACCCAACUGGACCGGAUCCGCCGCGAGCGCUGUUUCAACGGGCGCCCACAUCGGCCCCGCGGCCGCCGCCACCGCCACCGCCGGAGCCGACGCCGGCUCAGCGAGCUCAAACACAGCAGCAGACUGAGGCAGAGGUCGUGGAAAGGACAGGAGAUGGGCAAAUAACCGCUACCGAUGGUCCCAGUGCAGAUUGUGUCAUAAACUCUGAAGACUCAGGGGCUAAAGGAGGAGAACAGGUCACUUGUGAUGCUGAAGCUACGACGGAAGAGCUCGGAGAGCCGAGUUGUUCUGCCGGUGCUGCGGAGAGUCCGGCGAAGCUGGAAAAACCCGCGGACGACUCGGCUGCAGACGAGGGUAUAGCUUCGGACGGUGGUGAGAUUGGUGAUAGCGAUCCCACGGCUGAUUCGUGCGCGGAGGCGGCAGAGACCCGCGCGAUGCCUGCGGAACGGCCGCUGACUGUGACAGAGGAGUCUUCUGGAGAUAAUGGUGGCGUACAGACGGACCCUUUACCUCGGCCUGGUCUGUCAGAGUCGGCGGCUGAACAGAGGUCAUCGAUCGUCGACGUGCCUUUUGAGGACUGUACCGACAGGGCAGAGUCUGUCGAGGUCUCUGAGCGGCAGCUGUCGCCACUGGGUGAGGGCGCGGAUAAGCUGAGUGAACGAAUCUCACCUGCUCACAUAUAUGAUCAAGAGGUUGAACGAGACACCCCGGCGAGUAUGGAAGCGUCCGCAGAUCCCGCUCUGCCGGACACCGCGGUGACUUGUGCUGAGGACGUUCAGUCAUCGGACCCAACGACAUCGGCGCCCCAGACAGUCAACCGGGCGUGUUCCGACGAGACAGCUCACUCCACAGAGCCGACCUCCGAACCCACACAGUCCGAUCCGGAGUUGGCCAAAGAACCUCCGGCGGCAGUCCCCGGCCCGAGCGCUCCGGUGGUGUCCGUCUGCGAACCUCAGCCGGAAUCGGAACCGAAGCCAGAGUCGGAACCGGAGCCGGAGCCGCAGCCGGAACCGGUGCCGGCCUUCAUACGCGAGUUCGGCAGAGGCCUGCGCCACGCCGCCUCCCGCCUGGCGGCCGCCGCUCGUCAGAGUGAGACGUCCGCGGCGCAGCUGAGGCACCUGGCGCUGCCGUCCCAGCUGCUCAGCGGGAUGCCGGAGCUGUUCAGCACGGCAGUGCCGGCGCUGGAGGACGCGGUUCGCGCCUGUGCUGACCUGAUCUGGUCGGUACACGCCGACUCCGUCACAGAGGAUGUUCUGGGACGGUAUCUGGGCUUCCUGACGGCGCCCAACCCACCGGUGAUGCCUCUGCUGUGGCCGCUGCCGCGUCUGUUCUCCGGCGCUCCGGCUCCGAUCCACAGUGUGCAGUUCCCGGCCGGCGCGCCCGUGGAGCCGGCCGACCCGACUGUGCCGGCUGAUGGCACCGCCGGCGGCAUAGCGGACGUGCUGAAAAUGCAGCGCGUUCACCGUGAUAGACGCGUGGGCUCUGCGCUGGCACUCUCUGCGGCCGCGGUGCCUCUGGGCGGCCCCACCCGGCCCCUGGACCCGUUCGCCGGCUGCUCUGUCUCCCUGUGGCUGCGGCCGCUGCCUUCUGAAACCCCCGCCGCCUCCGCGCCGCCCUCCCCUCCGGCGGCCGCCGCGCGCUCGGAGGCUAAAAGCGGCGCAGCGUCCGAGCGGUCGCGGUGUCACGUGCUAUCGGUGGGCGCUGCCGGUCAGCUGACGGAGCUGUGGCUGCAGAAGGACCGACGGCUGCUGGCGCGGCGGACGGAGAGCGCUGCGCUCACCUGUCGGGCGCUCAGUGAGGCGGCACUGUCCGCGCGGCCGGCGCCCGCCCGCUGGACCCACCUGGCCUUUCGACUGGUGCCAAAUGGAGAGGUCAUGACGCUGACGGUACACGUGGACGGCUGUGUCAGUGAGAGUGUGGACAUCCCAUCGGCCACCUGUGCCGGCUCAGCCGUCCUUCUACUUGGACACGGUGGCGGGGACGCCGGAGCCUCCUACGAGCUCAGCUCGGUGCUGGUGUUCUCUGAGCCGGUUCUAGACCUGGAGCACGCCUUCACCCUGCGCCUACUGGGACCCGACUGUGCCGACCUCACCGCCUGCUCGUUCACCCCACUCAAGAUCAACAUCUCAGACAGCCUCACGGCCUCCGUUCUGAAGAAGGUCAACAUCUCUCGGAUCACCACCUCGUUCGGCGACCUCAUCAAGAAGAUGGAGCCGGCGCUGCUGCUGUCCUACAGCACUGCCGAGCCGGCGGUGGCGCUGUCUUUCCCGGAACCUGGAGCGGUGCCUCAGAGAAGGCCGGUGCUGUGGCGGUCCGCUGCUCGUCAUCAGGUCACUCCUCGGCUGGUCACUGCCGUGGCAAGACUGGGAGGACUCAAGUUCUUCAUGUAUCUGUUUGCUAGGGUAGUGGAGCUGGGCGCCGACGGUCCCAGCCAGGCCACGGCUCUGCACGUGCUGCUCGCCGCCGCCUCCCACCAGUGGCGCUGGACCUGUGACGAGUCCGAGGACCUGCUGCCACACAUGGUGGCCGCCGUGCUGGGCUCCAAACAGGCGGCCGUCGGUGGGCACAUGCUCCAGGUAUACCUGUCCGCCUGUAUUGGCGGCGUGACCGUGCACCUGCGCGCUCCGGACGUACUGGCCGGCGUCAGCCUGAGCGACCCUGUGGUGCGCAGCCCGUCACUGCUGGUCGGCCUGUUCCGCCACUGGCGCUGCUGGCUCGAGCCACCCGCCGACCACAGUGAUUUCGGCGGCCGGUGUCGCCUGCUCACGGAGGCGGUACGGACGGUGGUGUUGGUGCUCUCUGAACGCUACAAGUACCGUGACUUCAACCUGACGGUACUCCGUGAGAAGAGGCUGCUGCACGAAGUGCUAGAGUUUCUCACGUCUCAUUUCGUGGACGAGCGUGGCGAGCCGCUGCCGGCGCCGCUGGUGGACCAGCUGCUGCAGCUGCUGCAGUGCCUGGUGGGCACCCCGCCGUGUGCGUCCGCCCUCACCGCGCUCUGGCGGGCCGUGCUGCUGCUGCACCCGUCCAGAUAUAUGUUCGUCUGCCAGACCAGGUCGUCGUGCUACUACCUGCUCGACUCAGCGCUGACACACAGCCAGGAGCCGGCGGCCACCGAGCGGCUCUCGCUCUCCGUGGACUCGGCCGGCGGAGACGCUCCGUCGGGCGGGCCGCCGGUCGACCUGGCCGCUGACCUGGCCGACGGAAAACAGGAGCUGGUGAGCAGGUUCCUGGACAGCCUGCCGCCGCAGAGGUCGGCGCGCGCCCGCACCGUGUCGCCGGAGCGGCCGCCCGCCGGCGCCCGCGGCCGCAGCGGCAGCGUCUCGCCGUCGGAAGAGGCGGACACGCGCGCUGGAUCCGUGCCACCCUCGCCGGUGCCCGUCGGCGAGACGCCGACCGGACCCUGCUCGCCGCUGCUGCUGCUCGCGCGGCGCAUGCGCGGAGAGUCUGAGGCGUCAGAGGAGUCCGAGACUCAGAGUGUGUCGGACCGCUCGUCGGUCUCCGGCGGCCAGAUGGCUGCCCGCCUGAUGGGCCUGCUCGGCCCGGCGCUGCUGGCCCUCCCCGAACAGCACGUACCGGUUAUGUGGGCAGAGGUACGCGCCCAGCACCUCUGUGUCAUGGCCAAUCAUGACGAGCCCGCAGUGCGCGCCGCUGUUCUCAAGCUGCUGCGCGUGUGGUGUCAGCGUGCACCAGCCUCCGCGCUACACCACUUCACCCGCGACUGCGGCUUCCACCUACUGGGUAACCAGCUGCACUCCCACCCCGCCACGGCUUCUGUACUGGAGGCGAGCCGUCGGAUGGUGCUGGCUGCCCCGCCGGGCCGCGGGCCCAUCCAGCAGGUGCAGGCGGGCGCUCUGACUCUGCUCCUGGCCCUGCUGCCCGCCUCCAUCGGUGACAUCAGCGUGUGUCACAACAUCAUCAACUACCUGGAGCUGAUCGUCACUGGGGUGGAGCACUGGAUCGGCGCGCUGCUGGAUGACGGUCUGGUCGAGUCGGUGUGCGGUGCGGCCGUCCGGCUGGCCCACCUGCCUCUCCAGCUGACUGAUCUGGGUACCAGUCAGAGGCAGAUCCUGUACGACGACAUCACCCGACUGCUGACCUCGCUCACCAAGAGGCUGGUGCUGUCCACACAGUCCAAACACUUCCAGGUGUUGUACGACCUUCUGCUCGUGCUCAACUACCUAUACGAGGAGGAGCACCGGCAGUGCGGGCCCGGAUCCACACCCACUGUGACCGUGGUGCGACUGGAGUUCGACGUCGUCGAGGCUGCACUGUCCACCAUUUUGGACUCUGUGAAUCAGAUAGUGGCGGACGGUGAUCGGCCGCGACAGGUGGUACCCUCGCGCUGGGAACUCAGCGAGCGACACCGACGGAUCCUACUGCUGGCGGUGGACAUCAUAACCUACCUGGACCCGGCGGACGUGACGGAGCACACGGUGCGGUUCCUGGAGUGGCUCCUGCCCAUGGUGGCCGUGUGUGUACAGACGCCGUUGGCCGAGGGGCGCGCCGAGCCGCUCCGACAGAACCGGCCCGGACUCAAAACGGCGCUCGGGACUCUGCUGGUGACCCUGAGCUCCCCGGACUGGCCGUCCGAGGUGCGGGUGCUCGUGGCCGUGUUCCUGGCUCAGAUGGACACCCAGGUGGACGCCGUGCUACAGGCCUCGCUGCUCAACACCGCCAGCAAGGCGUACCAGUUCAGCCUGUUCUUCCACGAGUUGCUGCACUCGUCCGACCUCAGCUCGGACCCGGCCUCGGCCGUCGAGUCCACCUCCGGCUCCAUCAACUCAUCCCCGGACGAGCCGCCCGCCAGUCCGGUCACCCCCGGUCCGGCGUCGGCGUCCGGCCGGCCCCCGAGCUGGUCAGCGCCUCCCUCGGACGGUCGGAGCCGCGGCCUGCGCUCGGCAGCCACAUCGGGUCGGCACGGAGCGCUCAGCGUGGUGGCUGAGGCCCUGGAGAGGAACGGUCUACCCUCGCCACCACCGCCGCCCACUCAGAAGGGCGCCCAGUGGACAGUGGUAGAGACCACCAUUCGACUGUGGAGACAGGAGCGGGCCGAGAGGCGAGCCGAGUGGCGCAAAAACCUCGUGGCCGCCGAGAAAAGGGCGAUGCAGUGUUACGAGAACCACUACCACCGUGUGUGCGAGGCGGCUCACCGUGCCACAGAGAUCACCACGUGUCAUCAGAACGAGGCGCGCCGGGCGCACCUUCAGGUGCUCCGAGCGUCUGCGAUGCUGCAGUCCCGCGUGGAGUCUGCGUGGCGACGGGUGGUCAAACAGAUGGCCGACCAGGGCGCGCCCUGGGCACCGCCGCAGGCGCAGCACAGUUUCUGGGAGCUGGACCCGACCGAGGGCUACCUGAGGCAGCGGAACCGGCUGAGAAAGACCCGGCUGAACCUGGCCGCACGCUUCUUCCAGCCGGCCGCGGCCAAGUGUGUCGAGAGCGACCGUCUGCCAGCUCCGCUGUCCUACCUGUUCUCAUCGAGCGCUGCCGAGGUCUCGUCACAGUACAUCGAACAGUUCCACAUGGACAGAGUCAGGUACAUGACGCCGUGCGAGGUGAUCGCUCUGGAUGGCGGGGUGCCCGGCGAGGUACUGAUCAGCGACUCCAACCUCUACUUCGUGGUGGACAGGACCGCCUCAACGGGCUCGUCAGUAGCCGGCAUGGUGCUGGGCUCGUCCGAGUGCGGCUACCAGCGCUGGCCGUGUGAGGACAUUCGCGAGCUGCACCGUCGCCGGUACGAGCUGCGGGAGUGUGCCGUGGAGCUGUUCAUGAGCACUGGGCACACCCACCUCAUCACAUUCAGCACCACGGAGGCCCGUGAGCGGUUCCUGACGGAGGUGUUUACCUGUCCCGGUCUGCAGCUGGUAGAGUGCGACUCGCUGGCCGACCUGACACAGCGCUGGCGAGACGGCUCCCUGACCAACUUCGAGUACCUGAUGCACCUGAACAAGAUGGCCGGCCGGACGUUCAACGACCUGAUGCAGUACCCGGUGUUCCCGUUCGUGGUGCGCGACUACCGGUCGGCCAGCCUGGACCUGAGUGACCCGGCCGUGUACCGCGACCUGCGCCGGCCCAUGGGCGUCCAGGACCCCACCCGGGAGGCCUACUACGUGGAACGGUACAAGUACCUGCAGUCGGAGAUGUUCGGCUCCCCCGAGCGGCUGGGUAUCGACGGCCCGUACCACUACGGCACUCACUACUCAAACUCGGGCAUCGUACUGCACUUCCUGGUCAGGAUGCCGCCCUUCACACAGCUCUUCCUCAAGUUCCAGGACGGCAAUUUCGACCUGCCGGACCGGACGUUCCACUCUGUGGAGCAGGUGUGGCGUCUGUCCAGCUCCGCCUCCAACACCGACUUCAAGGAGCUCAUACCAGAGUUCUACUUCCUGCACGAAAUGUUCGCCAACAGUCAGGGAUUCCAGAUCGGUCGCCGCCAGUCGGGUCAGUCGGUGGACUCUGUGGUGCUGCCGGACUGGUGCCAGCACUCGGCGCGCCUACUGGUGCUGGUGCUGCGCCAGGCGCUCGAGUCGGAACUGGUGCGCCGAGAGCUGCCCCACUGGAUCGACCUGGUGUUUGGGUACAAACAGACGGGCCCGGCGGCCGUGCAGGCGGUCAACGUGUUCCAUCCGGCGACAUACGUGGGUUACGACAUUCACCGGUGUGAGGACGCGAUGGCUCGUCAGGCGCGGCUCACCAUGGUGCGCACGUACGGACAGAUGCCGCGGCGACUGUUCCGCUCGGCGCACCCGCACAUACCCGACCGGACGCAUGUCAAUAUACAGCUGCCCGUGAAAGAGCCGGCGCUUCUGCCGACGGUGACUGGUCUGCGCUGGGGUGAGUACGUCGGCUCUCCAGAGUGUUCCGCGCCGGCCGUCGUGUGGCAGCGGCCCCUGGGCGCGCCAGUACGCCGGCUCCGCACCGUGCCGUCCGGCGCCGUCCUCGCCCUACCCCCGAACACCUGCUCCACUCAGCUGUGGCGAGAGACGCGCAGACACGUGGUCACUCCGCCUCCCCCGGCUGACCAGAUCAGUUUCGCCAACUGGGGCCAGCCGGACGGCCUGGUGCGGCUACGACAGGCGCAGAAAACGCAGCCGGUGGUCGCGCCGCCGCCCGGCGACAAGGUGGAUCUGUGCGCCUUCUCGGCCGGCCGGCUGUGGGUGGGUCUCAGCUCGGGCGCCGUGCACGUGUACGACACGCGGCCGGCGGCGGCGGCGGCCGGUGUCCGCCUGGUGCGGCUCGGUCUGCGCCGGCUGGCCGCCCUGGAGCCGUGUGACAGCUUCUCGGUGAUGGUGGCCGCAGACCGGGGCGGCAGCAUGGCCAUCUGGGACACCAACACUCUGGAGCUGGUGCGGCGUCUCUCUGUGGCCGGCGCCGUCCACUCGCUGGCCGUCAGCCCAACGGCCGGUGACCUGAUCGUGGCGUACGGCGAGUGGGACGCCCCUGCGGCGGCGGCCUCCACGCUGGAGCUGAUCACCAUCAACGGACGGACAGCGGCGCACCGCGGCUGUCCGAGAAAGGUGACGGCGGUGACGGUCUCGGCACUAACCGAGGGCCGCGCCGUGAACGUGGUCGCCGCCGGACACGAGGAGGGCACUGUCACUCUGUGGGAUACGUGGCUGCUGCGACCGGUGGGGGAACCGCUGGCGCCGCCGCCGGCCGCAGUCGGACUGCAGGUCACCAGCCUGUGUUACUCAGCCACCGGCCACCUGCUAUACGUCCUGCACGGCCGGUCGGUACCAGUCCCCGACCAAACCAAACCAAACCAGGUGCUGGUGCUGUGGACUAGCGGCGGCGUCAAACCCACCGCCAGGGCCGCUCGGUUACUGGACCUAUCCACACGGCGGCCCCGCGAACUCCCCGCCUGGAGCUGCGACAUCAGCGACGACGAGUGAAGGGAUUUCAGGGCAGGUAGAGGGAUUCUGCUGCCGUAUCUAGUUACAGCGGACGUCUGCUCAUUGGACCGUCGUGUUCUGUAAGACUCGUGAGUUAUGAGAAGUAAGUGUUCUGUGUUCUGUGAACGUAUCUCGGCUAGUUGCAGGGCUGCUGGGACCUCCGUUGCAAUGCUGUGGCGUCAACCCUCCCGCCGCUCAGGGAGCCAGGACGCACGGACUGAGAGUCGUUCCAUCAGUUACAUAGCGCCAUCCUGCCCAUCGAAUCGGGCCAGGGGGCUGAGGCUGUGUCGGGGUGCGAUAUUUUUACGGACGGCUGGCUCCGCGAGUGUCAGCAGAGCUCCGAGGCUGUGCGAAUGGUACGAUACGUUCCUGUGUUUAUCCGGGUCAAGUAACCGAUGCUAGGAUGAUUGUAGACUGUUUUAGGGCGUGUUUGUGUGUCAGUGUUGCGAUCUGUCUGCAUGUCUGUAUCUGUUGGGUGGGAAGUGUCCGUUUGGAUCGUUAGACAGGGAGGGAACUGGUCGGAGUUACGGGCCGGCGGUCCCGAGAUCCGUCCACUGCGGCCCGUAUCGGGUGUUUUGCUCGCGGCGUGCCCAUCGCGCCGGCGUCUGGUCGGUGGCCGCCCGCCGGCCGCUGUGCUGUGUUCUGAGGUCAGCCUCCCCGGCCCGUUGGCGAGGACCUCGGGAUCCAACAUCAACCACAGACCGGCUCACUGAUCACAAAUAGCCGGCCGGUAAGGGCAGUACGGCACAACAGCGGCGAACUGACGAACGCCGCGGUGUGUGUGGGCUCAUCUCUUAGCCGGCCGGGAUGGGCUCUUCUCUUUCAGAGGUAUGCAAUAUCCCUGCGCUAUUACUGAACCGGCCCAAUUUUAUAUCAGGGUAAGAGUGUUAUGGGAGGUACGGCAAUAAUCUAUGAUCGAGGGAGUUACGCGCGUGUGCGGUGUCUGUAUCGUGUGUUCAUUGUUGUGUGUCGAACUCAUAGUGUUAGGCCGCUGUGUAGCGCGCGUCGGACCUGUUGUGUGCACAAAGUGUGUCUGUUGGUGCUCUCUAAGGUCACAUACGCACCCUGCAUAACCCUCCUGUGUUCACUGCUUCAUUUUAUCGUCAUUCUGGAACGUCAAUUUAGUUGACUUGUUUUUAAGCGUUUUCCCACUCCACGGCUGUAGGUUUACCCUCAUGUAUCAGAAAUUAGGCAUCCCCAUCAGGCAGAGGCCGUUUGGGCCGGCGUACGGGGCUGGGGCGCGGGUGGACGCGCGAUCCUCGUGUCGGCUGUUACAAAUAUAACCCAUAUCUUAUC